AUGGCGUCAAUUUCGGAGGCAUCACAAGCAGAAAUCGAUAAAAUGAUGAUGAGAAGGAAUUCGAGUCCACAUUUGAUCAAUGGAGGGCACACAAAUGGAAACAUCAACGGAUUUGUGGCUGCUACGAAGCCGAAACACGAUGGGAAUGAGUUGUGCCGAGUUUGUGGGGACAGUUCGGCAAAGAUGCAUUAUGGAGUGUUGACGUGUUUUGGAUGCAAGGGUUUCUUCCGUCGUGCCCUCAAACGACCCACUGAAUAUCAAUGUCGACACAAUGGACAAUGUGUGGUGGAUAAACACGAGCGAAACUCUUGUCGUUAUUGCCGCUUCAAGAAAUGUCUCGAAGUUGGAAUGGAUCCAAAAGCAGUUCGUCCAGAUCGUGAUGCCACAGGUCGACAUCAGGGACGAGCUCGACGAGCUCGUCAACCAACCGAAGAAGAGCAUGAGAUUGAUGUGGAAUGGACGAGGAAAUUGCCGGUGGAUAUGCGGACAAUGUUGAUGCAAUUGAUGAACACCGAUGUCAUGGUGAAUAGUGGAGAUGCGCCGUCGGAUGCUCGAUCGAUUUAUCCACUAUCGUAUACAUUGAAGCAACUUUUAGAGGACACUUCGUUGUUGGACGGAAAGAAGACCGAGAUGCGUUACGAGGCUUUCCGUCAAGUCGAGCAAGCCGAAUUGCCCUUUGUCGCUCAUCGCCGCCUUCUCGCCGUUGUUGAUUGGGUCGAUCACCUCUUUGACAUGAUGGAUUUGCAUGCGGUCGAGGAUAAAUUGACCCUCGUGAAAUGCGGCUUUGCCCCGCUGUCCGUUCUGUGCUUCUCAGCCGCCACGGCCACUUCGACAAAACAAUCGGAUGUGCUUUGUCAAUGCAAUUAUGGAUUUGUACCAAGGAAUAUCGCAAAGAUUUAUGAGGAACCAUACCAUUUGGCGAAUCGUGUCGUUUCUCGAUCGUUGGAUGAGCUCGUUGCCCCAUUCCGUCAAAUGAGUCUCCGAGAAGAGGAAGUUGUGCUGAUGAAAGCGAUUUUGUUAUUGAAUCCACAAGCCCGUCCCCUCAGCUUUGACGCGCAAGAAGCAGUCGCAGAUCUCAGAGAUCGAAUCCAAGAGACUCUAUAUCAUGUGGUUCGAGAAACCCAUCCAAAAGAAGUCGCGUCGAGUCGUUUCGGGAAUUUGCUGUUGUUUCUCCCGGCUGUAUAUAUGAUUGGGAAUAUGGUUGUGGAAAAUCUUCAAUUCGUCGACUCGAUCAUGCACCAAUUGGUCGAUCCACUGAUGCGGGAUUUCCUUGCGCUGCAAGAUGAGGAAAAUGAUACGCAUGGAUUGAAUGCUGAACAGGUGUUGGACGAGCGUCCCCUCUCCUCAACGCUCUCCCAUUCGGCCUCCUCGUCAUCGCUCGAUUCAUUGGGCAGUCAUACAAGUCACAGCAGUCAUUCAUCCCAACAAUCUCAUCCAUCAAAUCCCUCACCCAAUCAUUUCCAGAAUGGAAUGUCCUACAACCUCUCUUCCUCAUCACUUCCGGGAAUGGUUUCACAAUACAGUGAAAAUGGUCUAAACGCAGCCACCUCAAUGCCAAAUCUUGGCCCAAUGGGAAUGAUGAACGGAAAUGGAGAGGUUGUGGCAAAUCAACAAAUGAAUGACAACGAUGAGGACUACAAUCUGACGCUGACACCGGAUAUGGCGACCGGGAUUCGACAAGCGAUGUCAAUUGCGCACAAUUUGUCCGAACAUGGGAUGGAUCAAGGUAUGGAAGUCGAUGCACAAUCUCAACCGCUGCUUGCCCAACAGUCGACUCAUCUGCAACCUCCACAACCCCAUCAUCCUCAGCAACAAUCCCAUCAUACUCCACCCGAAUCCCCAAUGGAUCGUCCUCAGUUUUUCAUUUCGACCGUCGAGAGCACAAAGCAUAAAUUCACUGUCACCACAUCGUUUGACAGAUACCCAAACGCUAACUAUGGAGUCCCACCGACGGUCGGAGUUGCCUCGAGUCCCUAUUUGCCACAAAUGAACGCUCCUCAACAACCCCUUUCUCGUACAAAUUCCCUUCCACCUCAUCAACAAUUCCCAUCAGUUCCAAUUUACACCCAACAACCGCCCACUUUUGCUCAACCUCCACCACAAAGUAUGAGCAUGGAAUUCGAGGAAAACUAUUAUAAUCGU